AUCUCAUUCAUUCACUCUCAAAAAAUUAAAAAAAAAAACUAAAAAACUCAUUUUUCUCUCCUUCUAUCUCUCAACCUCCUCCUCCUAAUCAUCAUCUUCAAAACAAAACACCACACACACUCCAACGUUAAUCCAUCAAAAACCCAUUUCAAUCUUUGUUUCAUUCAUCCAAAGUUCUCGACUUUUUCACAAAAACAUCAUCAGAUUCUCUUCAACCGAUGCAAACACUGUUUCAGAAUUCAUUCAUGUUUGUUUUAUGUAAUCAUCGUUUCCAUGCUUUUCUAUAAUCCGAUCUGUUACGAUCGUAAUGCCACUCAUCGGAAACAUGUUCUUCAUAUGAUUGUGUUCUGUUUCCCCUGAAUUCUCUGUUUUUUUUUCGUUUCUUUUUUCCUUUUUUUUUUUUUUUUUUUUCUGGUUGCGUAUUCAGCAAGUGUUCUUGUUGAAUUGAAUGAAUUACCUUAAUUAUAAUUCUCUGAUCUAAAAAAGUCACACAAAAAAAUAAAUAAAAAUUAUUUUUUUUCAAUCCUCUGUUUUUGGGUGUUCAACCAUGAAAAUGGAGGAUGAAUUUUCUGGUUUGAUUUAUGAUUUUUACUGUGAUGAUGUUACUUUGAUGAAUCACGAUGACUUCACGUGAUUAAAGUUUUUAACUUUGAUCACAAAUAAUUGAAAAAUUCCUUUCUUUUUUUGGAAUAUCCAACACGUUAGAAGAAUGAAAUACUAUACUUCUCCUCAAAGUUUUCAUCUUUUGACUCAUCUUCAAAUACCCUUUACUUUUUUCCGUUUUUUCAUGCUUUUUAUUCAUCUGGGUCAUCAUCUAAUAUCUAAUCAUAGUUUUUUGAAACGAUCGGUGAUGAUUUUCUAAUUUGGCUCAGGUUUUUGUUUUUUGUUUUCCUGAUCCUUUAUUUUUCUUUAUAAUCCUCCUAUGAAAUUGGAGGUUUAUGAUUUGGUGGGUCUAAAAUCUAAAUGCAUGCCUUUUUGUGCUUGUAGUUCAUGAUUAAUGAUGUUAUGAUCAACCGAUAAAUUUGAUCAUAAAAUUGAGUUUUUUUUUUUUUUUUUUUCCUUUUGUGUAACUUUGUGUCACAUAAUGAGUUUAUGUUAAAUGUUAAGUAUGUUUCUCUUUGUAGGUUUGAGACCUGAGAUUUGCUAGUGAAUUAUAUUUUUGAGUUUGAGGGCACUGCUUAGAGUUUUUGCAGUGCCCAUGGAUGCCACAACCAGCGGAACCCCAACUAUCCAAUACCAUAACAUCACUGACCAGACAAUUACUGCCAUUGUUGUUGCCACACCACUUCCGACAUUUCAACGGCAACAACGCCAAUGCUUAGGAAACUCUACUCCUGGAGAGUUUCCUUUGUCUGCUAGUCCCUCUAUUGUCCUCCAUGUCCUUACAUCAUGUAAUUUGGAUCCUCAAGACCUCGCUAAACUAGAGGCAACAUGCUCCUUCUUCAGGCAGCCAGCAAACUUUGCUCCGGACUUUGCGCUGUCGUUAGCCGAACUUGCUGCAUUUGACAUGUGCAUGAAGAGAGCCAUCUUUAAGCCAAUGACAACAGAAGAAAGGCAAGAUUUGAAGCAAAGGUGUGGAGGUUCUUGGAAGUUGGUUCUGAGGUAUUUGUUGGCCGGAGAAGCAUGUUGUAGGAGGGAGAAAUCACAGGCAAUCGCAGGUCCUGGUCACAGCAUUGCUGUGACAUCUAAAGGGGAUGUUUAUUCAUUUGGAUCUAACAGUUCAGGACAACUCGGUCAUGGCACCACCGAAGAAGAAUGGCGACCAAAGCCAAUAAGAACUUUGCAAGGCAUUCGAAUUAUACAAGCUGCUGCUGGUGCUGGGAGGACAAUGUUGAUCACUGAUUCUGGACAGGUCUAUGCAUUUGGGAAAGAUUCUUUUGGGGAAGCUGAAUAUGGAGGUCAAGGAUCUAAAACUGUCAUAGCUCCACGGUUGGUGGAGUCUUUGAAAAACAUAUUUGUUGUCCAAGCUGCAAUUGGUAACUUUUUCACAGCUGUAUUGUCAAGAGAGGGAAGGGUUUAUACAUUUUCUUGGGGUAGUGAUGGCAAACUUGGCCAUCACACCGAUUCAAAUGAUAUGGAACCUCAUCCUUUAUUAGGAGCUUUAGAAGACAUACCUGUAGUGCAAAUUGCUGCCGGAUAUUGCUACCUUCUUUGCCUGGCUUGUCAACCAAGUGGAAUGUCAGUAUAUUCAGUUGGAUGUGGCUUGGGUGGCAAGUUAGGACACGGAACAAGAACUGAUGAGAAGUUCCCUCGUUUGAUCGAACAGUUCCAGACGCUAAACCUUCAACCCAUGGUUAUUUCAGCUGGUGCUUGGCACGCCGCUGUGGUAGGACGGGAUGGCCGUGUUUGCACAUGGGGAUGGGGACGAUACGGUUGUUUGGGACAUGGGAAUGAAGAAUGUGAAGCAGCACCUAAGGUAGUAGAUGCAUUGACCAAUGUCAAAGCUGUUCAUGUUGCAACAGGAGAUUACACAACCUUCGUGGUUGCUGAAGAUGGUGAUGUUUAUUCAUUUGGUUGUGGAGAAUCUGCUAGUCUCGGACAUAAUGCAGUAAUUGAUGCAGAGGGCAACAGACAUGCAAAUGUGCUAAAUCCAGAGCUUGUGACAUCACUGAAACAGAUCAAUGAAAGGGUAGUACAGAUUAGUCUAACCAAUUCCAUAUACUGGAAUGCUCAUACCUUUGCUCUCACUGAAUCAGGGAAGCUUUAUGCAUUUGGUGCUGGAGACAAAGGACAGCUAGGAAUCGAACUUGUUGCCAACCAGACCGAAAGGGUAAAUCCAGAACAGGUCGACAUUGAUCUUGGUUAACUGUUUGUGCUAAUCACCAAUUCUUUAAACGGUUUUUAUCGUCUAAUUUAUGAUCAUCAUGCAUAGCAUUUAGUGUUUAAAAAUUCCUUGUCUAUUUUGUAAAUAUAAUCAAAAGAAUGCAUCAGUAUCAUGAAGGUCUAAGGUAGGUAGAACAGCUAACAAGGGCCUCAGCUACUGUCUUUAUGGUCUUUCAUAUCGCUCUUAGGCUUCAACUGUUUGUUGAUAGUUUUAUUUAUACAUUGUUGAAGGUUCAUUUGUUUAAAGUUUAUAACUCUCCUUAAUUUGUUUUCAUAGCAUCAUUUGGUCUAAAAUUGUUUGUCAAA